AUGGAUCCAGUGGUGGCCCUGGUUCUUGGUGUCUCCUGUCUGCUUCUCCUCUCAGUCUGGAGACACAGAUCAGGGAGGGGGAAGCUCCCUCCUGGGCCCACUCCUCUCCCAAUUAUUGGAAAUAUCCUGCAGAUAGAUGUUAAGGACAUCAGCAAAUCCUUAAGGCAUUUGUCAAAAGUCUAUGGCCCUGUGUUCACUCUGUAUUUGGGCAUGAAGCCCAUUGUGGUGUUGCAUGGAUAUGAAGCUGUGAAGGAAGCCCUGGUUGAUCAUGGGGAGGAAUUUGCUGGAAGAGACUCUAUCCCAAUUGUCUACAAUAAUUUCCCUGCUCUCAUUGAUUAUCUGCCAGGGAGUCAUCACAUUUUAUCCAAAAAUAUUGAUUAUAUGAUAAAUUAUAUAUUGGAGAAAGUAAAAGAACAUGAAGAAUCCCUGGAUGUUAAUGAUCCUCGAGACUUCAUUGACUGUUUCCUGAUAAAAAUGGCUCAGGAAUGUGAGUUCUCCAACUGUGUUGUUGGUGUUCAGGACUUUUAG